GUUCAGUUCAGAGUCGGUGAUAAAUCGAUAAGGACCAAUGAUUCAUUCGCUGACUAAGACUCAGCCGCCGACAUACAUACAGGUAUUAAAUUAACGCGUUAACGCCCGAACUUCUUCUCGUUGUCUUGUGUUGUCGUCGACAGGCACAUCAUGAAGUUUGGCAGGAAGAUUACGACCAACCUUUAUGAUGAGUGGAGACCCUUCUACAUCGACUACAAUCUGCUGAAGCGUGAACUCAAGUCUCGCACCACUUCUCAUAGCUGGGACGACAAUGAUGAACGCGAUUUCACCGCCAUGCUGAAACGGGAGCUAGAUAAGGUUUAUGAUUUCCAGAAACAAAAGACCGCUGAGUUGUCUCGCCGGAUACGGGAAGCUGAAAAGGAUGUCCAAAAACUCGUUGCUCAAGAAUCUUCUCAAUCUUCCGAGCCGUCUCCCGUCCAUUGCUCUGAUCCAGAAUCGCACCAAGCACGUCCUUCUGACUAUGGACCUGACGAAGGCUCUGAUGACGAUGAUGACAUGGACGACAACCAAUCUGAUGCUUCACUCGAAGACCUCUUCCACGGCCUUCAAGAAGAAGUCGCUACCCUCGUAGCUGAUGUUCAUGACUUGGCGUUGUACACUAAGUUGAAUAUCACUGGUUUUCUCAAAAUUCUAAAGAAACACGAUAAAAUAACAAACAUUCCACUCAAAUCUACGUUUAUUCAAAACUAUCUGGAAGAAAGACCCUUCUAUAAAUACAAUUGGGACACUCUGAUCGUCAAGUUAUCCAAGCUCUACAACCUGGUCCGCACCCGAGGACAUCCCGUACAGGGCGAUUCAAGCGCAGGCGGGAGUCAGAGUGCCUUUGUGCGUCAGACGACAAAGUAUUGGGUGCACCCAGAUAACCUCGUACCACUGAAACUGGCUAUUUUGCGACAUCUACCCGUUCUUGUGUUCAAUGCCCAGAAGGAAUUCGAACAGAAGGAUGCUGCCAUUACUUCAAUAUACUUCGAUAAUGAAGAUCUUGAACUUUACCUUGGUCGACUAGAGAAGACAGAGGGUGCCGAAGCUAUUCGUCUCCGGUGGUAUGGCGACACAGACGUGAAAACCAUUUUCGUAGAGCGCAAGACGCACAGAGAAGACUGGACAGGUGAAAAGUCUGUCAAGGCGCGUUUCCCGAUCAAAGAACAUCUUGUGAACGCUUUUCUACGCGGAGAAUACACCAUGGACGCGGAGCUUCAGGCUCUAGUUGACAAAGGCAAGAAGACACAAGCUGAAGUCGAUUCUAUGAUUCAGCUUGCAAGCGAGGUCCAGUAUCGUAUUCUUACGAAGCAGCUUCAGCCGGUCAUGAGGACGUUUUACAACCGAACUGCGUUCCAGCUCCCCGGGGAUCCCCGUGUACGAAUAUCGCUUGAUACGGAACUUACCAUGGUUCGCGAAGACAACUGGGACGGACAAGCGCGUGCUGGCGAUAACUGGCGGCGAACCGACAUUGGCAUCGACCAUCCUUUUGACCAGUUGCCAACGGCGGAUAAGGAGCUUUUCAAGUAUGGCGUUUUGGAGGUCAAGCUUCAGACUCAAUUUGGACAAGAGCCUCCGAAAUGGGUUACUGAUCUCGUCCAGUCCUACCUUGUCGAAGCCGUUCCAAAGUUCAGCAAAUUUAUCCAUGGCUGCGCUACCCUACUGCCUAAUCGCGUAGAUCUCGUGCCGUUCUGGCUGCCACAAAUGGACACCGACAUCCUCAAGCCCAAUACGGGAUACCUCACAGUCGAGCGGCCGACCAAGACCACAUCUGAUUUUCAGUCCGGUAUUAUGUCGCCCCUCUCGCCCGUUUUGCCUGUACAUUCCUAUAUUGAGCCUGUUUCGGAGGGUGAAGAAGAUGAAGAGAUGGACUUGGCGCCUGCUAGAGACGAAGACCGGCGCACGGGGUUGCCGCAUGAGGACGUUGCGGCUGCUAUCGCGUUUCGUGAGAAGUCGCUCAAGGAACGGGAACCUGCAUCUGGGAGUAGCAGUACUCCUGAUGUGGUAUAUGAUGAGCGCACGCCAUUGUUGAAGCUGCCACGUCCGCCGAACAAGAGGAACGUGUCGAUCGACCCGCUUGCGCCGUCUUCUGCGUUUGAUGAGCGUCUGCGCGAACGUUUACAGGCGAAUAAGAAUGCGCCGCCACGUGUGCAGGAUGGUGAGGUGCAAGAAGCUGUAGGCCUGGAUGAGGAAAAUCUGCGGGAAGACGAGCGUUUACUAGUGAGAGACUGGUGUGCGCCGUCUGGCAAGCGAAUUGCAGUGCCUGUUCGUAUCGAGCCCAAGGUCUAUUUUGCGAACGAGCGCACGUUCUUGAAAUGGCUUAGCUUUGCGGUGCUCAUCGGCUCUAUCGCUACAACGUUGUUGAACUUCAUGCCUGCGGAUGAUCCGAGAGGCCUGAUCAGUGCUGCGCUAUUCACUCUAGCUGCGCUGCUCGCGAUCGCCUACUCAGCCAUCAUCUUCGUGUACCGAGCGCUUCGUCUGCGUGCACGAUCUGCGGAAGGGCUUUAUUAUGACAAGUACGGUCCGACUAUUCUUUGUUUUGUGCUGCUGGCUGCGCUGGGGACCAAUAUUGGCCUGAGGGUGGCGGAUAUGAAUAUGCGAUGACAUGGGGAAUUAUCAAGUCUUGGACGCUUUAUAGCUGAUGAUGGAAGAAUUCAUUUCCUCUUUAAGGUCUGCUUAGUACAGCCGCAAUGAAA